GAGGGCUGGCGACCCUUCUCGAAGGCUCUGGUCGGGAGAGGUCAGUGACCUGUUUUCAUGUCUGGUCUGGUCUGCUCUGUGGCUAGGAACUCAUGCAUACCUCUUCUUGCGGUAGGUGGCCCUCUUCGCGCCGGUAGCCGAGCGCUUGUGACGAGAGUCGCGUGAGAUACCCAUGUUGACUAUUUGAGGGGGACUAAAAAAAAAUUAGUUGAUGGUUCGAUCAAUCGAUAUAUGAUCCUGAUGCCUGAAUCCCUUCCACUGAUUCGACUGCGAUUGUGCGUGUCUGUGUGCGUGCGUGUCUGUCUGUCUGAUGUCUGUCUGUGUCUGUGUCUGUGUUCGUAUUGUCCCAAGGUUUCCUCCGAUGUCGAGGUAGGUAUUGUGCGAAGCACCAAACCGAGCGCGAAAAAUUUUCGUACUUCUCAAUUUGAUAUCUGUAGUCGCCUUCUCCCAGCACCGAAUCUUUCUUCUUUUCUUUUCUCUUUCUUUUUUCGUUCCAGGUAUCGCUCCACCGGAUCGAGACCACCAAACUAUGUGACUUGAAGACUGAAGACUUGACGACUGACGGGACGGACUGACUGCACG